UCUAGAAUCCAGUUCCAGAGUCAUUGUUUUAAUGUCUGAAUCUGUAAUUUGAAACUUCUGAUACUGAAUUCUUAAACAAAAUUAAGUUCAGAAUUCAGGUGUCCAGAAUUCAGGUACUGAAUUCAGUUCCGAAAUUUAGGCUUGGGAUUUUGUUCCAGAAUCCAAUCCAUAAAUCAGUUCCCGAAUACAGAUCCAGUAUUCAGAAUCUGAAUGCGAUUACUGAUAGUAUGUUUUUGCUGCUACUGCUCCUCAUCGGAGAAAGGCAAGCAAGCGUGAUUACACAGUUCGAAAAAUUCUGGUGAUUUCACAUUUUAUAAGAUGCACAUAAAUGCAGCGUCAUAUUUCACAUACAUCUAUGUUAUAUUCAAGAACAUUUAAACUUGUGUGAUUUGAAAAUUACAUUGAAAUCGCAUGAAAUAAAAAACAAAAGAUUGAUAGCAACAGCGCGACUUGAACCGAGAAACAUUAGAUCACAUAGCACAGCAGUUAAUCGACUGAGCCACAGAAGCAUAUAUCUGCCUAAUGAGUAAUUGAUACAUAUAAAUCCAAGCACCAGCACUUAGUAGCUGAGUGCAAAUUACACUCGGAAUCUUUAAAUUUAUGUACAACUUGGAUAUUGCAUCAUUUGACAAGUUAUGUAGUUAUGAAUUGUAUCGUUUGUAGAAUUAUAUCACCUAUAGAAUUAAUCAUUUUUUCUGUGUAGUUUUCCUCAUUGUUUUCAAAAGUUUAAGAAAACUGAACUGCGACUGCAGAUCACUCAUAGAUUUCUACCUGUGGCUAACAGACUUGACAACCAACGGGUAGAUUUGGAAGAUCAGAAGUGAAAAUCUUAUACAAGAUUGGAGCUACGCUCGAACCCUGCGGAACACCGGCUCGUACGGGUAGCAAUUCAGAUUUACAAUUCUGAUAGCUAACCUGAAGAGUACGAUCAGUUAAAUAAUUUUGAAUCAUUUUGAUCAAAUAAAUAGGAAACUGGAAAUCAGACAUUUUUGCUAUUAAACCUUUGUGCCAAACACUGUCGAAUGCUUUUUCUAUGUCUAGAAGAGCAACUCCAGUGGAUAACCCAGAAGAUUUAUUUGAUUUUAUCAUGUUCGUUACUUUGACAAGUUGAUGAGUAGUUGAAUGUUCAUGACGAAAUCCAAACUGCUCUGGUAAAAAAAUUCAAUUCUCAUUUAUAUGAGACAUCAUUCUCAACAAGAUAAUUUUUUCAAAAAGUUUACUGAUAGAAGAAAGUAAGCUAAUUGGUCGAUAACUUGAUGCUUCUGCUGGAUUUUUAUCAGGUUUGAGGAUAGGAAUUACUUUAGCAUUUUUCCAUCUUUUUGGGAAGUAAGCUAAUGAAAAACACUUGUUGAAAAUUUUAUCCAGGAGUCUCAAGGCAACAUCGGGAAGAUUUUUAAUAAGAAUAUUAAAAAUUCCAUCAUUACCAGGAGCCUUCAUGUUUUCAAGUUUCCUAAUAAUUGAUUUAAUUUCAUUAACAUUCGUCUCAAUAAUGUUAUCUUGUAAUAACACUUGAGUUGAAAUAUGAUCAUAUUUCAGUGAGACUUCAUUUUCAAUAGGACUCACAACGUUCAAAUUAAAAUUGUGGACACUCUCGAACUGCUGAGCAAGUUUUUGAGCUUUUUCGCCAUUUGUAAGAAGUAUUUGAUUUCCUUCCUUGAGAGCAGGAAUUGGUUUCUGAGGUUUCUUAAGAACCUUAGAAAGUUUCCAGAAAGGUUUUGAAUAUGGUUUAACUUGUUCAACUUCUUUUGCGAAAUUUUCGUUUCGCAAAAGAAUGAAUCUAUGUUCAAUUUCUUUUUGUAAAUCCUUAACUAUGUUUUUCAUAGCAGGAUCACGAAAACGUUGAUAUUGACGUCGACGAACAUUCUUCAACCGAAUGAGCACUGCCCUUAUUAUGCCCUUGUAAUAUCCAAUUGAGAUAUUUCCAAUACCAAAACAAAAGCACAGCAACAUUGAAAUGUAGAUUACAGUGACUAAACUCAAAGUGUAUUUGAAUUAUCUUUGAGGGAACAUUAUUUCGAAAAAAAAAAUUUCUUUUAUGAAUGACUGAAUGAAUGAAACGAUGAAUAACUAUUUUACUAAGUUGUUACAUUUCAUAAUCCAACAUUUCAAGGAAUACUACACAAAAUUCGAGUUUUUCUUACAUUUUCACUCUCUAGAAGUUAUCAAAAUUUUAUAACAAUACAUUGAAUACGUUGGUCUUAUACCUACACACCAAAAAAUUUGAAUUUUACAGGUGAUUUAACCCCUCAUACGAUGUAAUUCUUAAGGACCUAAUUCGUCAAAUAACGUGAAAUUCCAUUUGUAAGCAUGAAUUUUACUGGUUUCGACUGUAACUUGCAUUCUACUAGCAAGUGCGACAGUAAGCAUUUAACAUAAAUGCACCUUUUACCAGCCAAGCAGAUGUGUGAUUCUGUGGCUCAGUCGAUUAACAGACGUACUUGGUGAUCCAAUGAUUCUCGGUUCAAAUCGCGUCGAUCGCUAUCAGGAUUCAUUUUAUUUAUUUCAGUGAAUUUCAUGUCAUGGAAUUUGAGACACAAUAUUGAAUGUUCUUCCAUUUGCGUGAACUGCGACGCUCCAUUUAUGUGCAUAUAAUAAGAUGUAAAAUUACUGUUUUUUCCAAAGUGUGUACAUAGAUAUAUUAUUUAUAAAUUGCGCAAAUGCAUGAAUAAGUAAUGAUAGUAAAUGAACUAUUACUAUGAACUAUUAUUAUGCUGUUGCUUUAUAUCCGGGUUGCAAUCCUAUAAAACGUUGUUGAAUUUUAUUCAGAUACGUGUUCCAGUUCCGGAAUUACAGGUUGAUAAGCAGAUUUUGUUUUAAAUUCGAGAGCGUGUCUCCAAUUCUUUGAACUAGUCAUUUAAUUAUUUUGUUGUCUUAUCAGUUGCUGAUCGAACGAACUGACGGCGGCUAUUCCGAUUCCAGAUAUACCGGAAAUAGCGGUAAAAAAUCUCCAAAACGAAACAUUUUCUCCGACUUGACAAAUCCGUUAUUCAGUCUUAAUUGAGAGGACCUACAGACUGUUAUUGCACUUCAUGGGGAUUCGACAUCCGGCUCCGAAAUGAAAUUGUAGUUUAUGCACGAACAAACUUUCUUGUUUUUAUUGAGGUUGUUGAAAAAAAGUUUUUGAAAGAAUAUGAGAAUAUCAGUAAUAUGAGAAUAGGGCUCAAAUUUCAUUCUCGUCGAGUUGAAUCGAUUUGGGCCACUGGACCAUUUUUUUCGAAAGCUAGAGUGAAUAUCAAGGAUACAAAAUUUGUAUUAAGGAAAUUUUUCUGAAAAUUCUCGUGUAUUUACUUUUCUUUACGUUUCGUCUUAGACUCCUCAGUGCAGAGCAGUUCAUAUUGAGCUACUUAUUGCAAACUUAAACAGUUCAACUUAAACCGCGGUGUCGAUUUGUUGAUAUUUUUUGAAAUAUUUUACAAAAACCAGUAACAGAAUUUACUAGUAGGUGACGGUGUUUUCCAUCAUUUUCUAAAGGAAAGGUGGUAAUUUCAACCUGAGUAGGUCUCGCAAUUGCCGAAACUGUUACUCUUGAAAGUAGGUGCCGUUGACAAGGUUAACAUUAUUAUUAAAUAUUUUUAUCAGAACAAAAUUCUGAUAAAGGUUUGACUCUUAAUAGUCAUCGCUAAAAGGAAAGAAAAGUGAUUUGAUAUUUACGAUGGUUCUCUCGUAAACUCACAACUCAAAUGCCUUCUACCUACUGGUUCUAUUAUAAAUGACCACAAUCAAAGCACAAUUCAAAAUCUGGCAGCGCUGACGGCAAACAUAAGAAGGGUAUACCGUGUUAUGCGUCCGCUUGUUGGGAGAGGUGGUACGCCCGUAGCCGUAGCGGAACAACAUGAUGAUGUGUAGUGGUUGUGUUGUAGGUAUGUGAUGAGCGGUACGGUGUAUGGUUGUGAGAGCAAGCUGCGCAGAGCAAAAGAACGAGGAAUAACCGUAUCAUGUCGAUUAAAUACAACACAGUCAGCUCAGUCGGUUGAGAAGUAAUGUUAGAUGGGGAACACCAGAGCAAUGCCAGCCGUGUGGUGAAGCGAGAGCUUUGACCUCUAUAUAAUAUAAAAGUUGAAAUUGGUGACGUAACGUGUUUCUUGCUACCUGCCUACCCGAACCGUCUGGGAGUUUACGGCCAUUCUCUUCGCUGCCAGUGGCGAGUCAAGUGCAGUCAAGUUGUUGUUGACUUCGAAGAAACAGGAAAUCAUUCGGCCCCUGUCCCCAGACGUUUAGUGCAAGAGCGAGAGAGAGAGAUCGCUCGCAUAGCCAAAUCUACAGGAGAUGAAAUUGGAACCCGGGACGCAACAGUACGGCAGUAGCCUUGAUGACAAAACGCAGAGCCUGCAGCACCUGUCCUCACUGAGCAGUAUGAGUAUUGAACUGUGUCUGGUAUGCGGCGAUCGCGCUUCCGGUCGACACUACGGCGCCAUCAGCUGCGAAGGCUGCAAGGGAUUUUUCAAACGGUCCAUCCGCAAACAGCUCGGUUACCAGUGCCGGGGGUCAAUGAACUGUGAAGUGACGAAACACCAUCGCAACAGGUGUCAAUACUGUCGACUGCAGAAAUGCUUAGCCUGCGGAAUGCGAAGUGAUUCUGUCCAACAUGAGCGGAAGCCGAUUAUCGACAAAAAGGAUGGCCAAGCGGGACCAAAUCCAAACAGUAAAUACAAUCCCCAUCGGAAUAAGGAAUAUCACAAUGAACAGAAAGCGAGUGCAGCCGCAGCGGCAUCCUAUCUCAAUAUUUUCCCAGGAUUCAACCUAGCAGAAUUCACCGCUAAUCUAAGCAAACGGGCUGCAAACCCUCCAACCACGUCGCACUUAUCAUCCGCCCCUACAACCGCUACCCCAGCGAAUCCGUUCAGUUCCCUGCAUUCCCUCAAACCACAAGAAGAUAGACAACCAACACCGGUUGAUUCGAUUGCAGCUUUGAUAGGACUCAACCCAACGGCUGCAGCUGCCGUUGCAAUGUCCGGUCUUGGUCCACCCCAGCCGUCACCUGCUCUCGAUUCACCGGAAACACCCACGAAACCAUCAACCACCUCCACACACACGCUCCCGAUGGAUACAGCGGAUAGCGCCACCAUGGAGAAAAAUCUCAUUUGCAACUCGUUGGAGUUCAUCCAGAAUUUGGAACACGAGCUGAACAACAACGUUAACAACAACUACGGUAUCAAAGCCGAGCUAAACAAUGGACGGGAUGACGAUCAGGACGAAGAUUGUCUCAAUUUCGACUACGGUAGUUUAGAGCUAUCGGAAAGCUGUGUCAGCUUCGACAUUCAGGUUCCGAACGUACUACCGAGUUAUCUGAGUGCCCACUAUGUUUGUGAAACGGCCUCGCGACUCCUGUUCGCCACGGUUCACUGGAUGAAGAAGAACAAUCUGUUUUCGAUGCUGAGCGACUCCUUCCAAUCGGAACUGUUACGUCAAACCUGGCCGGAGCUGUUUAUGAUCGGUCUGAGCCAAAGUAGUGGCCAACUGUCGUUCAAUACCAUUAUGCUGGCACUAAUUCAGUAUAUGAAAACAAUGAUCCUGAACAAAAAAUAUGGCAGUGACGUGAUCAACUAUCUGACAAAGUACGUACUGUUGAUACAGGAAUUUGUCACAGAGUUGCAGAAGUUCAAUCUCACCGAUCAGGAGUUUGCCUACAUGCGACUGCUGUGUGUAUUCAACCCUGAUAACAUUCUUCAGGACAACGUCAAAAAUCAACACUUAGCCAAAAUCCAGGAUAUGGUACUGAGCAGCUUUCGAGAUUACUACAAGCACAAACACAGCCGGCUAAUGUCCAGCGGGAGUGAAGAAAACAUCCGCGGAAACGACGAUGAGGAUGAUUAUUACGAAUCUAGUCACCGUCAACAGCAACGGCAGCAACAACGGCGACAAAGCCUUGACCAGCGCCUGGUUAUGAUAUUGAUGAAGUUACCGACACUGCGUGCCUUGAAUUCCAAGCGGGACCUGGAGGAUCUCUUCUUCAGUAAUCAGAUCGGGCAGGUGCAAAUCGAAAACGUCCUGACGUACAUCCUGCAGACGAACGACGGGGCAGCUACAUUCGCCAGUUUGGUGCGAAACUACACUGCCAAUAUCACUGCAGUCGGUUCUGGAGGAUCGCAGAUGGACAGCGAUGACUGAUACAGUUAACGAGGAACACAUAUUUUCGUUUUGCCGUUUGAUUUCAAAGUUGAAUCUAGUAUGUUUUAUGAUUAGAACUCGCGCACUGACACAAACCACCGAAAUAAGCAGGGAGCUUUCUUUCGACUGCCUCUGCGUGGCCUGAAAACAGAAUUCGGAGAAAAAACCAACACAAUACCGAUCUUAUAAAACUAGAUGACUGACACUAUCUGUUGCUAUCCAGUGUACCAAGCUCUUAAAUUAGGAGCAAAUAAUGUAAAGUUUCUUCCAAAGUCUGCAUACUGAAGGUUUUUAUGUACCUUACUGAGCAAAAUAUAAACAAACAGAUAUCAAAGUAUCUUGUUUCUAGAGAAAUAAGUAUAACUUUUUAUAUAUAUAACUUUAUUAACAAGUAUUACUAGUUACUCACGCGAUCAACAAAAUAUUAUAUAGGAGAGAGUUCUGAAAUUAUGUGUUGUUUACUUAAGACAAAAACUUUCAAAGACAAUGUGUAAUAUUUAACUAGUAUUAUCAUAAGCCGUCGCGAGAACGUUAGUGAAUAACAAGAAUCAUGCAUAUUCGCAGAGUGAAGUCAGGCUUCCCACAUAUACCGUACCUGUUGAAGGUAUUUACACUUCUUUGAAGUAAACAACAUUUGGCGGCAAUAAAAAAAUAAUAAUUGAAAGAAAACAACGCUACGAACUGAUAACAUAGCGAAGCAAAUGUUGCAUAUUAAGAAUCGUAUAUAUUUUCCUGUAGUUCAUUUAAUGGAUAAUAUGUUACAAUGUAAGAAAUAAACUGGAUCUAUUUAUAAAA